AGUUGUUGAGUUUACAUGUUAAAGGGGUUAAGCGGACCGGCGUGUUUCAUCAUCAUCCUCACCAGGAAGUCCUCCGUCUCGUGCAGCCGCGCGCUUUACCUCCCCAUGGCUUCACACAGCACCGGCGGGUCCGCGGGCUUCUGCCCGGAGUUCCGCUCGUUCGCCACGGACGCGAUCCACGCGGGUCAGGAGCCGGAGCAGUGGCGCUGCAUGGCGGUGGUGCCUCCGAUUUCACUCAGCACCACGUUUAAACAGUUCAGCCCCGGAGAACACGCCGGUUAUGAGUACAGUCGCAGCGGGAAUCCCACGCGGAAUUGUCUGGAAAAAGCCGUCGCUGCUCUGGACGGAGCUCAGCACUGUGUCGCUCUGGCCUCUGGCCUGGCCGCUAGCACGACCAUCGUGCACAUGCUGAAGGGUGGAGAUGGGAUUGUGUGCAUGAACGACGUCUAUGGAGGAACCAAUCGUUAUUUUAAAAGAAUAGCUGCAGAGAUCGGAUACGACAUCACCUUCGCUGACCUCACCAAGCUGGAAGAGUUAAAAGCGGCUCUAAAGCCCAACACAAAGCUGUUAUGGAUCGAAACUCCAACAAAUCCAACUAUGAAGGUCGUGGACAUUAAAGCCUGCUCUGAUAUCGCACACGAGUACAACAAGGACAUCAUCGUGGUCGUGGACAACACCUUCAUGUCGGCGUACUUCCAGCGCCCCCUGGCCUUGGGAGCAGACAUGUGCAUGUACUCUGCUACAAAGUACAUGAACGGGCACAGUGAUGUCGUCAUGGGGCUGAUCUCUGUCACCCGUCAGGACCUGUAUGAAAAGCUGAAGUUUCUGCAGAACGCCCUUGGCAGCGUCCCGUCCCCGUUCGACUGCUACUUGUGUAAUCGCGGACUAAAAACGCUGCCUCUGAGGAUGAAGCAGCACUUCAGCAACGCGCUGGCCGCGGCCAGGUUUCUCGAGGCCGAUCCCAGGGUGGACAAAGUCAUUUUCCCAGGUCUGCCGUCUCACCCCCAGUACGAGCUGAUGAAGAGACAGUGCACGGGCUGUCCCGGGAUGAUCACCUUCUACAUCAAAGGGAAACUGGAGCACGCGACGGCUUUCCUCAAGAACCUGAAGUUGUUCGCUUUGGCUGAAAGUCUCGGAGGCUACGAGAGUCUGGCUGAGCACCCAGCAAUCAUGACCCAUGCGUCAGUGUCGGAGGAGCAGCGGAUGGAGCUGGGCAUCACGGACACACUGAUCCGUCUCUCUGUUGGACUGGAGGACGAGGAGGACAUUAUCGCGGACCUGGAUCAAGCCCUCGGUGCAGCUCAUGCAAAGAAAUAAACUCUUUGGUGUGGACCAGGAGCUGUGACGACUUUUCAGCAGAACACAGGGCGUCUUCAUUUCGGCACAUUUCUUUUAAGCACUGUCCUGUAUCGUAGACGAACACGCUCACAGUCAUUUGUCUGUCAGGGAACAAACACGAGACUCAUCAGUGCUUCCACAGAUCAGGGCUUUGUAUUUUUUUGUUUUUUUUCAGGUGUAAUGUAGGAUUUGAGCCCCAUCAUGUUUUAAUACUUGGUGCUUUGUGCACUUUUUAAAUUUUUUUCAUUCCUACUGAAUAAUUGGAUUCGACGAUUACACAGUCAGAGAUAUCGACAUAUAACCAAGUGCUGUAUGGAAACGUGACCAUGAUGAGAGUUGGAAAAGGAAUCGUACCAACUGCAAACUCAACGCGGGUCUGUGUGUAAACGAGCAAGGACACACGCGUCUCUCUAUACUGUGUAAAAUCCUCCAUAUCACAGUUUACAUAAAUGCACAUUAACAAACGGUUCAAGCCAUAUACAGUUUAUAUACAUUUUAUUUUUUUCUUUUGCUAUGAUUUGUCGUCUGUGCUGCUAAAUCCAUUAAACCCGUGUGUGUAAGUUA